AGAUGGAUGUUGUGAAAGAUAUAGUAGACCGACAGAAGCUUGUCCGCGAUCGUGCGUUGGAGAGAAUAAAGGCGGAUUUAACCAACGAUAACAAUGAAGCUACUAAAUCACUCCUUCUAGGCAGGUUUUUGCAACUUAUCUCUGCGAACACUUAUUGGGAAGCCCAGCUUGGCUGUCUAGAAGCGUUUUGUAUUCUUUUGCCGCAUAUAAGAGGUCAGAAAUGUCUGGAAAAUGAUAAGUUGACCCCGUGGAACGAUGUUAUUGUGAAGAACUUGGACUGCGCUGAGAGUAGAGUGAGAAAAGCGGCUGCUUGUAGUGCUGGGGCUCUUGUGAGUGCGUGUGGCUUCGAAUGUUACAGCUUCUUCCGAGAUCUAGCAGUGGAGAAAUUGAAAGUCUUCAUGGUUCGACAAUGCGACUCAUCGGACGAGAGAAUGGACACAGACAAUAGUGACCAAAGUGACAAUGAUAGUUUAAAUGAUCAAACUGGUCGUUUGAGUCCAGUGGGAGGAGGAAGCAGUGACAUGGUGUUGCAUGACACCGCAGGCUGGAGGGCUCUAGAGUCAUACAUGGCAUGUCUGCAGAAUAUCAUGAUGGCCAUGGCUGAACAAAGCCAAACUGAAGGAGCAGGUGCUGAGUUAGAACUGGACUCUGAAUUGAUUGCCCUCGUAUCUCAGGCGACCGAGCACCGGAACCGCUUUGUAAGAGAGAUGUCUUAUCAUGUGCUAAGUUCACUCAUUGCCAUGCAGGAUGUGAACAAACCGAACAGGACUGAAUUCGCUAGAAAAGUGUCAGAAUUAAUCGCGAGAGGUUUGUCGGAUAAUUGGAGUCAAGUCAGGAUGUCUGCAUCAGUCGUAUCCAGAAAACUAUGCCAAGAUCUUACUCGCGACAACUUGUAUAACUUGCUCCCGGCGCUCUUGCCUCCGAUGUGUCUCAAUCGCUACUACAUAGCAGAGGGAGUCCGUCUCUACUCUCAGGAAACAUGGCGUCUAGUUUUCGAACACACCGGUCGUAAAGUGGUGUGUGAACACAUAAAUGACGUCAUCAAGUUCUAUGUCAGUCAAUCAGAAGCGGAGAAUCACGCGGUCAGGGAGGCUGUGUGUGCGUGUGUGACAGAGUUGGUCACGAAGAUUGACAAGGAUGUGUUGGUUGGCCACGUAAACACUUUGCUGGAGCUGCUGAUGAUUUGUUUCGAUGACGACAGCUGGCCGGUUAGAGAUUCAGCCUGCGUAGCGACCGGUUUCUUCGUCGAAGCCUUUCCAGACGAGUGCAAGAGCUCUGCAGAUGAAAUCGCAGACAAUUUCUAUCACAACUUGACCGACAACAUUCCAUCUGUACGGGAGGGCGCAGCUGUCGCGUUGAAAAAGUUCUGUUCCGUUUAUCCUGACUGGGUUGAAGGUGUGAUGGAAGAGAUGAAAAAAGGACUCGGACAAGUUGCCAAUCAAGAGGAAAAUUCGAUUCUAAAUGACGGGCUUGAAAAAGGUCCUGCAACCUAUUCGGUUGUGAAGCAAGUGCAUGACAAUGACCCGAGUCUCCAUGAGAACCAAGUCAUGUACUCGUGCGGGUCACUCGCCCCCAAAAUGAAGAAGGGUAGUUCUAAACGGGCAAAGGUAUGUGACAAAAGACCCGAUACUGGGGGGUGCAUGGCUCAUUCAUUCAAGCGACCAGGUCAGCCUUGGGAAAUCACUGACGGUUUUGUGCUCCUACUUGGAGAAAUAUCAUCUGUAAAUGACCUCAAGGCUAAGAUAGACAACUCAAUCACAAUUUUAAUUGCCAAAGUGUUCAACUACAAACAUUUCACCCAUCAUCCAAAACUGUUCACUACGUGCUACAAGGUUUUGGCAGCUCUUUUCACGAACAUGGGUAAAAUGUACACCAAACGGACCUUAGAAAUGUUCUUAGAUGGCUUGUUUUACGGCUUGUCAAUCGACAACAAGUUAGCUCAAUGCGCGGCUGAAGACUGCUUUACCACAAUAGCCAAAAUUAUUGGUCCAAAUAUUUUGAAAGGAAGAGUUGAAAAUUACGAUUCAAAGAUGCUGAAUAAACUACAUUUCGUGCAUUGAAUUGAUAAGUUCCCUUCGCUAAUCGAGCUAAAUUCGAAUUAAAAUAUACUGCGGUUUAGAUGUUGACAUGUGUGGUUUGUUACAGCAGUAGAGAUAAAUUUCUCAACUUUACUAUUUUAUUUUGGUACAAAUUUUAAUUUAAUUUCAUCGGUUCA